AUGCGGACCAAGCCGCCUGCCUCCGCUAAGGGAAACCCGGGCAUUCUCCAUCCAUAUACCCCAGGCCUCGUGGCCUUUGAAUACACGCGCAACACCCACCACCCAAAACCGCACACGCUCAUCUUCAUCGGUGGUCUGGGUGACGGCCUCGGCACGGUUGAGUACGUCACCGACAUCAUAGAGGCCCUGUACGGCACUAAAUGGUCUGUUUUUGCGCCCGUGUUGUCCUCCUCCUAUAGUGGGUGGGGGACUGGGAGUAUCGGAAGGGAUAUUGAUGAGAUUGCACAGUGUGUGCAGUAUGCACGGAAGUAUAAGGAGAGCACUUGGGGUGCUGGGAAGGUUGUCGUUAUGGGGCAUUCUACUGGGUGUCAGGAUAUUUUGCAUUAUUUGAGUUGUGCGAAUCCGCGGCCAAGGGAUGAGGUCGCGGAACAGAGCGGGAACACACGAGGCAAUGGUAAGGUUCGUUCUGUAGAAGGGACCGCGGAGAUUACGAGGCCCGCGGUGGACGGAGCGAUCAUCCAGGCCCCCGUAUCAGACCGCGAGGCUAUUCUUUGGGAGUUAAAAACUGGCACCGACCGUGACAGCCCAGCAGCUAUGCAGGAGGUGUGUCAGAGGGCAGUGCUAGAGGCACAGAGGAGUACGUACGAAGAUCAGGACAGUGACUACGGCUGUCCGCCCAUUAAACGGGAUACGCUGGUUCCGGAGACCGUUACAGCCCGGAUUGGAUAUCCGGCCGCUACAGCAGUUAGUAGCCGACGGUUCUUAAGCCUGGUCAGUCCCAAUAGCCCACAGAAUCCAGACGAAGACGAUAUGUUCAGCUCGGAUCUGGGUGAUGAGGCGCUUAAGCGGACGUUUGGUGCGGUUCGAGAUCGGCGUUUGCUGAAGUCCAACGCUCCGUUGAUGGUGUUGUAUUCAGGAAGAGAUCAGUCGGUGCCACCUUAUGUGGAUAAGGAAGUUCUGCUGCGGCGAUGGCGUACUGCGUUGGGCGGAGACUUGUGGCAUACUGGCAGUAUGAUCAUCCCGGGAGCAUCGCACGCCCUUAGUGAUGACGAUCAAGCAGAACCGAGGCAGAUUCUGGUUAGGAAGGUUCUUGCAUAUUUGGGUGAUGUGGAGGUGUGAUUAGCCUGGAUGAUUCUAGAUGAUAGUUUACUUGAGAUUUUCCCACACUGUCUCUUCCCAGACUUCACUUUAGCAACAAGUAAAUCGAAUGCUC